UCGGGGAGGCGCGUCACCCCGAUCGGUUCGUUUCGGGAGCGGGUGGAGCUUGGCCGCUUGGAUUCUCGUUCGUUAGAGUAGAGGGGGUGGCGCGUAGGACUCCUGCCAUCAGUUCUGGUGCACGCGGCAUUAUUUGUUGGGCUAGUUGGUUCGAGCAAUUCGUUUCGGCAUUUCUAGGGUUUCUGCCGUUUUGCACUGCCCCUCUUCUCCACCGAAACGAUACGGCUGUCUGAUUACCGGCUAUCUAAUGGCUCGUCUUAAUUGCGCGCUUGAUCGAUCAAUUAAACAACAUUUGCUGAGAUUGGUUUUCCUUUUUUUUUAUCUGCUUUCUUCGAUGGAUGAGAAUGAGUACUUGGUUCUGUUCCAGUGGUCUUAAUGCAAUUAUUGGGAUUUUCUGGUGUCGCCAGAGAUAUUUUGCUGCUUCUGAAAUUCAGUAGCAAUGUGCGCUGUUAGGUUUUCUGAAGUUUUUGGCAGGUUGGGGGCUUUACAUCACCCUGAUAAUGUUACGUGCUCAGUUCCCAAUCUUCCAUUGAAAUUGAGUUCAACCAAACCAGUUGAUGUGAAGAAUAAGGGAUCCUUUGCAAGCCUGCGCAAUGUGAACACGGGACGAGGUUCUAUCAGGAAACAUUCCUCUGACCAAUUUGAUUGGACAGUAUCACACCAUGACAGUGUCCUUCAGAAGGAGAAUGCCUCUUUCCCAUCUGUGCCUAAUAUUGUACCAAUAGGUAGCAGCUCACCUGGCCUGACGGAUGAUUCAGUCUCCAUGGAGGACGCUAUGUCAACAUGCAACUCAAUAGAAAGCUCCGAUCUUGAGUUCUUUGAUGACGAGGACUCCUCACUGGCAACUUCUUUGCAUUGUUGGGCCGGUGAUAAGCUUCAUAUCUCAGAUAGUAAGGAAGUUGCAGCAUUCAACUGGAGGAAACAUAGUCCUAUCUCUAUGAAAUUGAAAUCUGAUAAUAUCUCUGACCUUGACAACAACUAUGAGGAUCCACAACAUUGUGCAACUCUUGCCUACGAAAUUUACGAGAACUUGCGAGAGGCUGAGACUAGGAAAAUGCCUUCAACACAUUUUGUGGAAACCAUUCAGACAGAUAUGAGCACAACCAUGAGGGCAGUGUUAAUUGAUUGGCUUGUAGAAGUCACAGAAGAAUAUCGUCUUGUUCCUGAAACCUUAUACCUCACUGUCAAUUACAUUGACCGUUAUCUUUCUGUCAAAGAGAUCAAUCGGAACAGACUGCAAUUGCUUGGUGUUGCCUGCUUACUUAUAGCUGCGAAGUAUGAAGAAAUAUGCCCACCCCAAGUAGAAGAGCUCUGCUAUAUUACUGACGACUCAUAUACUAAGGAAGAGGUUUUGCAAAUGGAAGCUUCUGUCCUGAAUUACUUGAAGUUUGAGAUGACGGUACCUACACCAAAAUGUUUUCUAAGUUCCUACCAAUUCUAUGGGCUGUCCCAACGGGUUGAAACCUUUUUCUUUAUGCAGGACUCAACUCUGCAUCUUGAGUUCUUAGCCAACUACAUCUGUGAGCUGUCACUUCUUGAGUAUAGUUUGCUUUGCUAUCUACCUUCAUUGGUAGCUGCCUCUUCUGUUUUCUUGGCAAGAUUUAUCCUUAAACCAACAAAGAACCCAUGGAAUUCCUCGCUUUCUUACUACACACAGUACACACCAUCUGAGUUGUGUGGUUGUGUAAGGGUACUACACCGGCUCUUCUGUUUUGGCCCUGGAAGAGAUGUUCCUGCAAUCAGGGAAAAGUACAGUCAACAUAAGUACAAAUUUGUAGCAAAGAAGUACUGCCCACCAUCAAUCCCCACUGACUUCUUCCUGGAUGCAAACAGUUAGAAGAUGAGAUUACUUCUAGUUAUUCACUGAAACCUUUAUAUGGCUCUUGUGUGAGUUCGUUCUGUACAGAUUGCUGUGCAGGCAAGGCAUGCGCGUGGCCUUGUGUUUAGCUGAUUGAUGGGUGUGCAUAACUGUAGGUGGAACAAGUGCCGCUAUGUUCAGUUUCAUGUGGUAAUGUUGUGGUUUCUUCUGACAUCGUCUAGUACUCAACUGAUGUGCUCUUCUUUUCCCACUUUGUAGAGUUGUAUCCAUAUUGUACGUUUGCCAAACUUGUAUCAUAUGGUUCUGGACCUUGCUCAUAGCAAAGAUAGAUAGUUUAGCUAAAGAUAAAGUGUACUCAUUGCUAUCUUUGGUUAUUGUGUGGAUUGUUUUUUCUUUCUGAA